AUGAAGAAGAGAAGCUCCCAGGACUCUGUUCCGAUUGUUGAGAAGCUUUAUAAGUGAGUUGUUAUACAUUUUUUGCGGUGUUGGAUAUAAUUUUAGGUAAAAAUUGGAUUUUUUUUUGUUUUCUUUCCAGGAAAAAUCAAGAAGAUUAUGAGAAAUGUGGAGGAUUUGAAGAGGAUGAUGAUGCGGAAGAAGAGAGAAGAAAAGAAAUAACGGAAAAUGCGCAGAAACGUACGUUUUUUAUAUUGUUUUACCUUCAAGUUUUAGGUCGCGAUCUUUUGGCCAAAAACAAUGAAAAGCCGGAUCUUUGCAUCGAAUGCAAUAAGACACUGGGUCCAGCGUACCUCUGGGACAUCUAUAGUCACCCUGUUUGUGAUUUGUGCAAGUAAGAAAAAAGUUUUUGGAUCAAUUUAUCUUAUCCUUUAGGGACAUGAAAAACAAGCAUCUGGUGAUCUCCAGAACUGAAGCCAAAAAGCGCUACGCUUUGAAGGACGAAGAUCUUGACCAUAGGAAGCCAGUGUUGAGGUAUCAAGCCAAGAAGAACCCACAUAACCCACGUUAUGGCGACAUGAAGUUGUACUUGCUGUCUCAGGUGGAAGAACGUGCAAAACAAGUGCAUGGAUCGUUGGAACAAGUCCAAUUGACGAAGGAUGAGAGGAGAGAGAAGCGAGAAGCCCAGGCGAACAAAAGGUUUGAGAAUCGGAUCAAGGCCAUGAGAAGAGAGGCGAGUUUUUCGAUUUUUUUGAUGUUACACUUGGAAAAUUUUGUUCAUGACUUAAAAUUUUGUUCGAUUUUUGGCAAAAUUAGGGCUGUAAUAAUAGAAUACGGUUUGCAGAUGCGGCCAGACGUUGUUUUGUCCAACAACGAGAUCCAUGAACAUGAGUAUGGCCCGGAAGAAUCGGAUGGAACAGGGAAUUUUUGGAUGAUCUGUAAAACCUGUGAAUAUAAGAAUGAAUACGAACGUUUGUAG